AGCGUCCAUUGGGAGCAUCUCCCCUAAUUAGAUGUCAGUGGAUUGUGGGGCGCAGAUGAGAACUCGGUUCCCGCGGCAUCUAUUCGAGAUGGUCAGAGUCCCUAUGUUUUCAAAAACUCAAAAAGAAUUCCCUCUCUAGUCUCCGACUCUCUGCUUCCAAAUCUGAAUCGCUCUCUGUCUCACUCUGGUUCUUCUUCUUUCCACUUUCUUAGGGAGUCAGGGGAAAACCCUAGUUUUAAACUCAGCCAGGCACGACCAUGACUGGGGUCCUUCCCAACUCUGCCGGAAGGGAACUAUCCAACCCUCCCUCCGAUGGUAUUUCGAACCUUCGCUUUUCCAACCACAGCGACAAUCUGCUCGUUUCUUCAUGGGAUAGAACUGUUCGAUUAUAUGAUGCGAGCGCAAAUGUUUUGAGGGGAGAGUUUUUCCACGGUGGUCCAGUUCUAGAUUGCUGUUUCCACGAUGACUCUUCGGGUUUUAGCGCCUGUGUAGAUAACACUGUCAGGAGGUAUGUUUUUAGCUCUGGCAAGGAGGAUAUUUUGGGAAGGCAUGAUGCUCCUGUUUGUUGUGUUGAAUACUCUUAUGCAGCAGGACAAGUCAUCACUGGUAGUUGGGAUAAAACACUGAAAUGUUGGGAUCCAAGAGGUGCAAGUGGGCAAGAGCGGGCACUUGUUGGGGCAUACCCACAGCCUGAGCGUGUUUAUUCUAUAUCUCUUGUUGGCCACCGUUUAGUGGUAGCAACUGCAGGAAGACAUGUCAAUGUGUAUGAUCUGCGGAAUAUGUCUCAACCAGAGCAAAAAAGGGAGUCAUCACUGAAACAUCAAACUAGAUGUGUACGUUGUUAUCCCAAUGGAACAGGUUUUGCUCUUAGUUCAGUGGAAGGACGAGUUGCGAUGGAGUUCUUCGAUCUGUCUGAGGCUGGUCAAGCUAAGAAAUAUGCUUUCAAGUGCCACCGAAAAUCAGAGGCUGGUAGAGACACAGUCUAUCCUGUCAAUGCAAUUGCAUUCCAUCCUGUCUACGGUACAUUUGCCACUGGAGGUUGUGAUGGAUAUGUCAAUGUGUGGGAUGGCAACAACAAGAAGAGGCUAUAUCAGUAUACAAAAUACCCUACAAGCAUUGCAGCAUUAUCCUUCAGCAGAGAUGGUCGUUUAUUAGCUGUGGCCUCCAGUUAUACAUUUGAAGAAGGAGACAGGCCGCAUGAACCGGAUGCAAUCUUUGUGCGCAGUAUAAAUGAAGUGGAGGUUAAGCCAAAACCCAGAGUGUGCCCUGCUCCUUAAAUCAGAAUAUCGACCGUAAAAGUAUACUACUAUUAUAGAGUAUAUUGAUUGUUGUGGAUAGCGACUUUAAAAAUUAUAAAGUCAUGUCUUUAUUCAUUGCCGGUGAAACCUGCUGAAUUCAAGCAGGAAAUGAAUUGUCUGAGUUUAACCAUUUGAUUUCAGUUUUCUAACGAGGAUCCUAUCAAAUAUAAUUGAUAGGGCACCUGAGUUGCUAUAUGUCAUGUCAGGCAAUUUGACUAAUGGAAUUUCUCUAGUUUGAACAAGUA